AUGAAGAUCUCGAGAUACUUGCACGCCAAGUUCGCUUCAUGGAAGACCUCAUUGGUCGCGGCAGAACCACUCACCCAGUACUUGAAACCGUACACCAAACGGUUUACUGAUCUAGAUUUAACAAAGAAUUAUGUUCGCCGUACAGUAGAUGGUGCUUACCACUAUACUGGAACGUGCUCCAUGAUGCCGCGCGGCGUGGUGGACAAUAAAUUACGCGUCUAUGGCUGCUCUAAUCUUCGCAUUUGUGAUGCGAGUCUUAUACCCUUAGAACCAACAGCAAACCCUCAAGCAGUUGUCUACGGGGUUGCUGAGCUAGGUGCUAGCCUCAUCAAAGAAGAAUUAUUGUGA